AUGGAGUUCCGGCAGGCGUUCCAGUGCCUGGGGCGCACCGCGGUAGCGAGGUGGCAGCCCCCAGCCAGAGCCAUCACCCCAUCACCAAGGCUCUUCUCAACAUGCUCACAUCUCCUCGCCCCUCCGCGUGCGUCCUCCCCGAUAUCCCGCUCCGCGCCCGCAGCCCGAUCGGCAGGCGCCACGGCGCCCUCCUCCACCAAGGGGGAGCAAAAGCCCAACCUCUUCAGCGCCCCGGCUCCCUGGGACGUCCGCCCCGGCGGCAAGGACACAACCAAUGCCGCCGGCACCCCCAAGCAGCGCACCGCGUCCCCUACCACUACGUCGCCGCUAUCAGAGAUGCUCUCGUCCGACGACCCCGCGAGCAUCGCCACCUUCACGCAGUUCAAGAUCGACGGCUUCUGGGAGAACUACGCCAAGAAGCGGGAGCUGCCGGCCCUACGCCUCAAGCCCUCCACCGGCCGCACGGUCUACGUCAGCGGGCACGUCGACGUCGCUCGCUCCUUCCAGCUGCUUACGACCCUGUGCCGGCGGAACAAGGUGUCGCUGGACCUGGCCAGGCAGCGCUUCCACGAGCGGCCCGGCCUGAAGAGGAAGAGACUCAGGAGUGAGCGGUGGCGGGGACGGUUCAAGGAAGGGUUCAAGGCGACAUGUGCACGUGUCCAGGAGCUGAGGAAACAAGGAUGGUAG